AAAAAUUCUAAAAAUUAUUUUUUGGGUCAGUACAAUGGAAGUUAUUGUACACUAAAACUGUUUGGUUGCCAGCAUUCUACAAAACUUCCUCCUUUGUGUUCCACAGAAGACACAAAGUCAUACAGGUUUGGAACAACAUAUGGGUGAAUAGAAAUUUUUGGGUGAAUUAUCCAUCUAAAUAUGUCUGUAGUUUUACUUGUUCAUCUGUAACCAUAAGGGGCACGAUUCAUUUACCAGUGGUUUUUAAUGACGUAUAUCUCUGCAUAUUUUUGUUAUUGAUUUGGAAGUCGUUUUAAGCAGAUGGGAUCUUAGACCAAGGCACAUCACAAAUCCUUGGCAUUCUGCUUUAUACAGAUGGUACAAUGUGUUAAUGAAUGUUGUCCAUUUGUUUUCUCCAGAUUAAACUUUAAAUGUGAACACCCUUGAGGGGCAGAGACGGACGUAUUCCAUCCUAUUCCAAUAGUACAUAAGACAGAAUGUCCCUGUUUAUCAGACGAUCAAGUAUGAAAUCAAUUAAAUAAGCCUCAAUAGAACAGAAAGAAAUAAUGCAGCACAUAUAUUUGAGGUGACAAAUAUUCAGCUGAGAACCCUUAUCUGAACAAUUUAACCAGGGCAAGCAUAUUCAGAUCUUUCUAUCUUGCAUCCGAUCAUAAUGCAGCAGAAAAUGGUGGCUUGCUCUUUUUGUCUACAUGACGGAGUCUCAAUGUGAACGAGGGGAGACAGGUUUCCCUUGAAUUUUAUUGGUGUCUCUGAUGUUCUGAUGUUUAUCUCUUUGCAGGUUGUUCUAGAUGUCUGAACAGUGCCAGUGGGAAAGGGGAUGUUUUUUUCUCCAGCCCUAGCAACAUGCACUGGAUUGGUGGAUAUGACAGCUCACUGUGCCUGCGAUUGGCUGUUAUUGUGGACCAUUUUGAGCAGAGAAAUUCAUCUCUUGCUCUACUGGGUGUGGGUUGCUGUAGGAGGCUGCAGCAGAAUGCUGAAAGAGCUAGCAAUUCAGUGUGUUGACCCAUGCAAACCUUUUGUUGACUGCGAAGGAUUGUCCUGAAAAGGUGAAAGGGACUUGCAGGGUUACUUCCGUGACGAUAAUGUGGUUAACAGCUAGCUCUACUUGGCACAGUUCAGAACGGAUGGCUCAGCUAAUCGGCAGGACUGUGUGCAGCAGGACUGGGCCAAAUCCACUGGCAGAGUGUUAUUCCAAUUCCUCAAUGCUUCAAGUCCCUUUCACACCAUGAUGUGAAAUCUGUCUUAAAAAAUGAACUUGAUAACCAUUUUAUGUGUCAGGUUUGUAGUUGGGGAUGUCUCGGGUAAAACUGAUUCAUUUCCUCCAAGAGGAUUAGUCUGAGGCAGAUUAACCUGGCUACCGCUCUUAAUGCUUAAGCUUUAGUGAGCAUAUGGGUGUUUGCUAACCACCUGUCUGCCUACUGAGGGGACAUCAGUUGGACAGUCGCAGGCAUAGAGGAAGAAGCCUGGAAUGAUUGGGAUGGAUGUCUAUCUGUAUCCAGAUGGUCUUAGGGUUGCUACACCAGAAGAUAUAGAGGACUGUGAAUCCGAGAGAGAAAUGUUUGACCCGAAUGUGCGUCUCUUUGUGGCUCUGUUCUCAUACAACCCUGCGGUGAUGUCACCAAACCCUGAAACAAUGGAGGAGGAACUGCCUUUUGAACAAGGACAGAUCAUUAAAGUAUAUGGAGAUAAAGAUGCUGACGGCUUCUAUAGCGGAGAGACGGGUGGUCACUUCGGUUUUGUGCCGAGCAACAUGGUUUCUGAGAUUCCUGUGGAAGACGGAGAGCUCAAACUUCAUCUGUUCCAGCAGGGGUUUUUACCAGAGGAUACGCCAUCAAUAGCACCUAGCGAAACUUCUAGUGUGACGGAUGGUGUGAAGGUCCACAGGAUGGUGGCCAUUUUUGAUUAUGACCCAUGGGAAAGUUCUCCAAACAUGGAUAUUGAGGAUGAGCUUCCCUUUCGUGCAGGAGACAUUAUAUAUGUUUUUGGAGAAAUGGACAGUGAUGGAUUUUAUUAUGGAGAUCUACAUGGCUACAGAGGUCUUGUGCCAUCAAACUUUUUGCAACCCCUGCCUUGGGACUAAAGGAAAUGAACAAUCAGAAAUCAAGAACAGGAGAGUGACCUCAGAUUGUGAAUAGAACC